ACGACGCGUCCGUCGCGACAAAUUCCGUGCCUCACACUACCAACUUUGUGCACUUUUCAGCCUCUUCAAAAGAACAAUAACGGAAGCCUGCUCGGCACAAACAGACUAUCUAAACAGGAUCUGAUAGACAUCACAUAUCUGAGGACUCCUUGCAAGCAUUUGCAGCGAGAAGAGCACCAUGGCUGACGCAGCUGAGCGGCAAAUAACCCGCGGCGCUAUCGCUGCCAUUUUCAAUGACCCGGAAGGUGUCAAGACUCGCUUCCCGGUGCCAGUACUACAAUGUCUGCAAGUCAAGCUUCUCGGGCAGCAGCCCAACGCUGGCGCCGCUGAAAGGUAUCGCGUGGUUUUGAGCGAUGUCGACAAUUACAUCCAGUGCAUGCUGGCCACACAAGCAAACCAUGUCAUCCACGACGAUCAGCUUCAAAGAGGUUGCAUCGUGCGCGUCAAGUCAUACCAAGCCAACACUGUCAAGGGCAAGAGUGUAUUGGUCUUAUUGGAUCUUGAAGUCAUACAGUCUCUCGGAGUACAUGAAAAGAUCGGUGAGCCUGCCAGCAUCGAGGCCAAGGCUGAAAACACCACGAACACCACCAUCGGUGGAUCGGGCUUCUAUGGCACCAAGACCGAACCGGACGUUAAACCACAGAUCCGCUCUCAGAUGCCAACCCGCAACACCGGUGGUGGUGGAGCUUCGCACGGUCCUGGCAACGUCAACAUCUAUCCGAUCGAGUCCAUCUCGCCAUACCAACACAAGUGGACGAUCAAGGCCCGGGUGUCACAAAAGUCCGACAUUAGGACAUGGCACAAGGCAAGUGGUGAGGGCAAGCUCUUCAGUGUCAACCUUCUGGAUGAGACCGGCGAGAUCAAGGCUACUGGCUUCAACGACCAAUGCGACAAGUUCUACGACAUACUUCAAGAAGGCCAGGUCUACUACAUCUCCACCCCGUGCCGCGUUCAGAUGGCCAAGAAGCAGUUUACAAAUCUUCCCAACGACUACGAACUCACCUUCGAGGAUGGCACUCAGAUUGAGAAGGCUGAAGACCAGAGCAGUGUGCCUCAAGUACGCUUUAACUUUUGCAACAUCCAAGAGCUGCAGGAGGUAGAGAAGGACGCCACAGUAGAUGUUAUUGGUGUCCUCAAGGACGUCGCCGACGUUACUCAGAUCACCUCCAAGGCCAGUGGCAAGUUUUUCGAUAAGCGCGAGCUGACGCUCGUUGAUGACAGCGGCUACUCGGUGCGCAUGACGAUCUGGGGCAAGACGGCGCAGAACUUUGAUGCCAAAUCAGAGUCAGUGGUGGCCUUCAAGGGUGCCAAGGUCGGUGAUUUUGGAGGUCGUUCACUUUCAUUGCUGUCUUCCGGUACAAUGACCGUGGACCCCGAUAUUCCUGAGGCACACCGCCUUAAGGGCUGGUUCGACUCGUCUGGCAGAAAUGACAACUUCAGCACUUUCAACUCGAACAGUGUUGCUGGUGCUACUGGCCGGCAAGAUCAAAUAUUAACGAUUCACAAGGUCAAGGAGGAUAAUCUGGGUGUAGAUGAUGUGGUGUACUUUGCUCUCAAGGCGACAGUUGUCUAUAUCCGCCAAGAGAAUUUCGCAUACCCAUCCUGCCUCAACGAGGGCUGCAGCAAGAAAGUUACAGAUCUUGGUGAUGGGAGCUGGCGUUGCGAGAAAUGCGAUGUCAACCACCCGCGACCGGAGUACCGUUACAUUAUGAGUGUCAACGUGAACGAUCACACCGGUCAGCUGUGGCUUAGCUGUUUCGACGAUGUUGGUCGAAUCAUAAUGGGCAAGUCAGCAGACGAGCUGAUGGCGCUCAAGGAUGAGAAUUUCGAAGCCUUCACUCGGGAAUUUGAGAAUGCAAACUGCAGGAAGCUCAGUUUCAGGUGUCGUGCCAAGAUGGACACGUUCGGAGACAAUCAGAGAGUUCGCUACCAGGUCAUGGGCGCCACCAAGAUGGACUGGAAGAGCGAGGCAGCCAGACUUGCUGAUUUGAUCAAGCAAUUCAACAUCUGAACCACGCUGGCUGUGGGUGAUGUAGAGUUUUUGUCUGUGGGAGUGGUCAGAACAUGGUGUUUUUCAGGAGCAACGCUAGAUGCAGGAACAUGUUCGUAGUAUGAUGUGGCUGACAGACAAGGCUCACGGUGUUCCUAUGAUUGUGGAGGUGAUCGAAACAAGCAAGACAAAUGCGGGCUAGAGCGAUGAUGAGACGACACACAAGCAGACAUGUGCCAUGCAUGUGGAAGACGAGGCAAAGGGGUCAGGGGUUCACGUGUAUAUGUGACCGUUCAGGUCUUGCAUGGCACCAACUAAUGCCUAAAGAUGAACGAAACAAAUAAACAAAAAUCAAGCAAACUCUCGGGGCAACUGAAAGAAGAAGUGAGUCGACGCGGGGAGGGGGGCGGAUGAGUGCAACUCUCAGAGCUUCAAACGCGG